CACAUGUACUGUAACUGUGACUCAUAACCAACCGCUCAAGUUUUAUACAGUUACCACAACUAAAGAUUAUGUGGAGUCGAUGGAGAUACCCAUUUGCAAUGUCUGGAAACAUAUUAAUUUUUUGCCAAAGAUUUAUGGAUGUCAAACUAUCAAAUGCAUAAACACUAAAAAUGAACAAGUUAGUGAUAUAAACAAAUCUUGGGUGUCCAGGUUUCCCAAGUCUGUGCAACCGUACCUUCUUUUGUCAAGAAUGGAUCGACCAAUAGGCUACUGGUUAUUGUUUCUCCCGGGGUCAUGGAGUAUAUCACUGGCUGCUGAUCCUGGUACACUGCCAAACAUGCAGUUAUUGGCAUUGUUUUUUGUUGGUGCUGUGACAAUGAGAGGGGCUGGAUGUACUAUUAAUGACAUGUGGGAUGCAGAUCUGGACAAACAGGUUGCAAGAACAUCCACCCGACCUGUUGCAUCAAGAGAAAUUACUUAUUUUCAAGCAUUAAUAUUUCUAGCAUUACAGUUGUCUGUUUCUUUAGGUGUUCUACUCUCCUUAAAUUUCUACAGUAUAAUUUUGGGAGCUUCCUCUCUUUUUUUGGUUGCAUCCUAUCCUCUGAUGAAAAGGAUAACAUAUUGGCCUCAACUAGUGCUUGGUUUGACAAUAAAUUGGGGCUGUCUGCUGGGAUGGUCAGCAGUUAAUGGGUCAAUAGACUGGAGUGUGUGUGUACCAUUGUACACAGCUGCCAUCAACUGGACAAUAUUUUAUGACACUAUUUAUGCAUUUCAGGAUAUUGAAGAUGAUAUAUCUAUUGGUGUUAAAUCCACAGCACUACUCUUUGGAAAUUAUGCCAAACCAUGUCUUGGUGGGCUAGCUGCGGUUAUGGUUUCUAAUCUCGUUGCUGUUGGUAUAAAUACGUCACAGCCAUGGCCAUACUUUGUAGGAUUGAUAGGAAUAAGUUCGCAUCUCCUUUGGCAGGUCGCCAGUGUUGAUCUCUCUGAUGCCAAGGAUUGUCUCUCAAAAUUCAAGUCAAACAAAUGGCUUGGAAUUCUUCUUUGGAUCUCAAUUCUCACAGGAACUCUUGUAAAAUAAAUCCAAGACUUGUUGAGAUCUAACGUUACUUAACUGGACAGCUGCCACUUCAGUAGUGCAAGAAAAAAAUAUAUUUACCAACAAUAAAUGUAAGGGUGUAUGAUAAAAUAUCUCGCGAAAGAUUUAAAUAGUAAGAUGGAUAAAGUAGUUUUUAUUAUAUUUUAUACUGUAUAGUAAACAUUUCAAUCAGA